ACCAUGUUGCUGCUUUACAAAUAUCUAAAAUUGAUAGGUUCUUGACAGAUGUCAUUGAAGUGGAUUGAGCUCUUGCUGAAUGAACAGUUAUUUCCUGAAUGAACAGGAUUCUACUGUGUCUACACAGAAUGCAAUUAAAAGGCCGAUACCUAAAUUAGAUGCUCAAAGGUUAAUUUCAGAGAGAGGACUUCCAGCCUUGCGACAUGUAUUUGAUAAUGCAAAAUUUAAGGGUAAAGGACAUGAGACAGAGGACUUGAAGACACUUUUAAGACACAUGGAACACUGGGCUCAUAGGCUGUUUCCAAAACUGCAGUUUGAUGAUUUCAUGGAGAGAAUAGAGUCUUUGGGAAAUAAAAAGGAAGUUCAAACCUGCUUAAAGCGAAUUAGACUUGAUCUUCCAAUUUUACAUGAAGAUUUUACAAGUAAUGAAAGUAGUGGAGGGGGAAAUAAUGGGCUCAAAAUGUCUCCUGAAGAAGAAUUAGACCCCUUUUCUGAAAACAUGAAGGAAGAAUUUGAUUCUCACUCAAGUACUGCCCUAACAGAGGAGCAACAGCGAAGAAUUGAGAGGAACCAGCAACUAGCCUUGGAAAGUAGACAGGCAAAGAUGCAAUUUAACAGUCAGUCACAAGAAAAUGAUCUGUCUGCCACCCAGCCAAAUGAAGAAUUUAAGACAAUUGAGGCUCAGGAUCCAGAUGACCUGACGGAAGUAGAAAUUCAAGCUGCUGAAGCCCAAGUUGCUGAUAUUGAAGCUGUGGACAAAGAUAUACAACUUAAACGUGCAGAAGAAAUCAAAUAA